AUUUAAAUACAUAUAUGAUUUGCUAUUGAAGACGUACUGCAAAAAAAAAACCUAAACGUAAAGAAAAGGAAGUUCGCUAAAGUAUAAAUGAACUUCAUGAUUCGAAAUUUUUUUAAGCAUAAAAUUUGGUUACUAAUUUUUUUUAAUAUUCGUGGAACAUUUCAAGAUUUUGUAUUUAAAGAGCAAAGAGAGAUCGUAAAAGACAAGUAUCUUGCAACCGUAACAAUUCCUAUAGAAUAUGAAAUAUCAUUUGAAAUUUUUAUAACUUCAUAUUUAAAAGUGUGGACAAAUGCAAUUCAUUUUACUAAUUCAAAUGAUUGUUGUGAUUACGGAUCCAGAGUUCCGAGUUUAUCUGUUAAUCCUAAUCAAAACACCGCACAAAUUUGCUCAUCAGUAAACGGAAGCGGUUCUUAUUGUUUCGCUACGCAACCAUUACCAUUGAUGCAAUGGAUUAAGGUAACGGUAAAGCAGUUUUUGACUAAUAGUGAUUACUUUUAUUCUGUCUUAAUUAAUGAUGAGACCGUUCAUUCUGUGAAAAACACAAAAGUAAGCUUUUUUGAUAACGUUAAAGUUUUCAUCAGCAAUCCAUGGGUAGUUGCACAACCAGGAUACAUAAGAAACUUGUAUGUACCAACACUUAAAGCCGACACCUACUCGUUUUACAGAGACUUGAGAAAUGAAGCCACCUUGACAAUGUCGGAUGUUAUUAAAAAUGCUAAUACUCUUAUUAUUGGAGCUGAUGCAAUAGCUACAUACAUGCAUCCUUCAAAUGAGGCAUACGAUCCUUCAGCAUGCAUUUUUACGUGCUUACAAAACGCUAAUUGUUAUUCACUAAGUUUUUCACAAGUUGCAAAUCUAUGUAUGUUAUUUGGUUUAAAUAUCAGAUAUAACGUAAACUUUUUUACUAUUAAUAUAAAUUGGGACAGUUACGUUUUAUAAAAUAUGAGUUAAAGAUGCAUUAUUUGAUGUUUUCAGCACAAAAUUGUAAUACAGUCAUAUGCUUUUAGCGAGGACAGUUAAGGUGGAUAAUUUAGCUUGUAAGUUAUAUAUAAACAUGGAAAAAUGUUCAAACUACAAAAGGAAAACAACAGGCUACACAAAACACUACGUACAGGUAGUGAAAACAAUGAUUUAAAAUUUGUUUACUUGUAAAAUCACAACCAUCUUCAUUAUCCAGUUGUUGUUUUUUUCUAUUUAUAAUAGUUGUUAAUGAGUUUUAUUAUUUUAUAAUAUAAAAUAUAGUUGCUAUAGUAUUUUAUAGCUAGAGAUAACUUAAAUAUAAGUUAUCUCUAGCUAUUCAUGAUUGCUGCGUCAUCCUAUAGAAUAUUUAUAUAUUUUGUUACUGUUAAUAAUAAUAACAAGUGAAAGAAAAGAUUAU